UCUCUCCAUCUGCAUCUUUUCACUUCUUUUCUGUCAGAACUUCUCUGACCGUUGCUCCUGACAGCCCAAACCUGCAUUAAUUCUCCUCUUUCUCACACACAUUCAAACAUGCUUGCAUCCAUUCUCUCCUCCCUGCAGAACAGGAGGCUGCAGGAGCGACAGCAGCAGCCGCUCUGACACAUCCUGGCGUAACAAACACACAUCGGGACGGCAGGAACAGAGGAGGAGAAGCUACGGAGGGAGGAGAAGAGGAGGAGGCGAGAUUGUCGAGAGGACACCAGGGGACACAAGAGCAGGAGGAGGAGAAAGGAGGACGGGAAGGAGAGGGGGAAGACGGGUGCUGCAGCCAUGUCAGAUGCACCUUUGCAGAGGAACGGCACGGCCAAAUCCCCGAUGUCGUGUGAGGAGGCUCAGCUCCACAAAGAGCGGCUGCAGGCCUUGGCGGAGAAAAGAAAACGACAAACAGAGAUUGAAGACAAACGGAAUCAGCUGGACGACUUGGUGCUGCAGCUCCAACAUGUCAAGUCCAAAGCCAUGCGGGAUCGAUGGCUCCUCCAGGGAAUGGGACCAGAAGAGGAGGAAGCUCGACGGAAACAGCUGGAGUUGGACGAAGAGCAAGGAAGGAGACUGGAAGACAUGAUACACAGGCUGGAGUCAGAAAUUGGUGCACUUGAGAGCGAAGAGUCUCAGAUUUCAGCCAAAGAGCAAAUUCUUCGGGAACGCUUAAAAGAGACAGAGCGCUCCAUAGAGGAUCUCCAAAAGAGUUUGCUGACCAAGGAUGAAGAUGCGACCGGCCGCGUGUCCGCACUCCUGUCGGACUGCAUGGAGCCCGAUCCCAACCACCUUGUCCUGGCUACACAGUCCUGUGGUGGCCCACCUGCCUCUGGAGAACACGCUGCACCAAGACCAGCAAUGUUCGCCAUGGAGAUCAAUGUGCAGCACGACCCUCGGACCGGCGAGCAGCGCAUCCUGUCGGCCAACCGCGUGAACCCGUUGGAUGCAGCUCAGCGUGGAGUCAAAGUCUACGACGAUGGACGAAAAGUGGUUUAUGAGGUCACGUCGUCUGGGGGAGUGUCCACCACCGCAGUAGAGAAUGGAUGGAGCUCCGCACAGGUUGAUGAGCUGGUCCAACGAGCGGCCCGCCCUGUGGUACAAGGAGGGGAUUUUGGGAAAGGUCACGUGACAGUGACCCCAGCUGCACCAGAGGCUUACAUUUCCCCAGCAGAUAUUGACGAUCUGUCCCCACCCUCCUGCGCCCCGCCCUCUAUUCCUUCUAGCCCACCGGCUCAGGUCACACUGCAGAGGGAAACCCGGCUGGGCAUGAUGCCCCCUUCGGCUCCUAUCACAACCCAACCAGGCCGUUCAGCCCAGUCUGGCAAUGAAGCCAACUGUCCACCCCCAGCCAGCUCGGAGCACCCAGUCACCAUGGUGUUCCUGGGCUACCAGGACGUUGAGGACAUGAGUGAGAGCAGACGGCUGCUCGGAUUCGACGGCACUGUCAAGGCUGAGGUCGUUCUCAUUGAUGAAGAUGACGAGAAAUCCUUGAGGGAGAAGACGGUCACCGACAUCUCCGUCAUUGACGGCACCGCCGCUGACCUUGUGUCCGGGCGGCCCGCCACAUCUGAAGCCAUCAGCACAGAACUGUCAUCUGAUGGCCGUGAGCAGGACAGCGCGUCCUCACCCCCUGCAAACCCUGACGCCCACGUGGCCCCUCCGCCCGGCCUCACCCCCGCCACAGGUGGCAGUCAAACACGUGAGGUCAUGGUGACAACAGCAAAUGGAUACCAAGCUCCUGAUGUGAGCAGACAUCCCUUAACGACCAUGAAACCAUGGUGGGCGUCUGAGGAUGUCAGUGAAAGCACACCGAGAGAGCGAGUUCUGAAGACCGUCAGCUUCCAGGAAUCCGUCAGUUUCAUCACAGACGCGACUGCAGACAUGGAACUGGAGAGCCAGCAGAUCCAACAUGGCUGCCUCAGCGCCUCUCCUGCCCAGAGUGUCGACUCUGAAGUGGUGCAGGAAAUCUGUUACCUGGACCAGGUGUUGGACGAAGCCUCAGAGAGCGCCACCAACGGGAGCGCCUCCCCCUCAGAGCACAUCAAACCCAUCAGCAUCAGCGGAAACUCCCCCCACGUCAGUGUGUCCGGCCCCACCUCUUUUAACCACCAGCAGUUCCUUGUAGAAGGACAAAGACAAAGCACGCUGGUCCACCAGGAGGCGCCGGCCGUGAGGACCAACGGACACGUGCAGACGGACGAGGCGGGUCGCAGCAGGCCCAAGUUUGAGCUGCGAGCGUUUCAGGAGGAGAAGCGUCCUGCAAAACUGUUCUCCCCUGGGGAGGAGCAGCACGUCAGAGUGACAAGGACACGCCCCUCAGAGGAGGUACAGGAACUGGAGCGAGAGCGGCAGGAGCUGAUCAAAGGUCAGGCCGUGAAGAAGAACCCUGGGAUUGCGCAGCGUUGGUGGAACCCUCCUCAGGAGGUUCCUCUGGAGCAGCAGCUGGACGCUGAGCAGCUGGAGUCUCUGAAGAAAUACCAGGAAAGGAAACAGCAGAAGCAAAGCCAUCCUUAUGCCUACACACAGCCUGCGCUUUCAGGUCCUCCAACAAUGGUAACCCUUGAUCAGGGGCUAACCAGGAAGGAGGACAUCGUGGAGGAGCAGAUCAAUUUUUCAUCUGCUAGAAAGCAGUUCCUACAGGUGGGCGGGGCUAUGAAGGAUGAAGCUCCUCCUGCUAAUCCCUCUAAACCCUCAAAAUCUGAGACGAGAGGCUCUGAUAUUGCUGCAGAGACUGGAGAAACCCACGUGACCUGGUCUGAUGAAGGAACCACAGGGGAGUUCACGUGUGCCCGAGCUGUAAUGACCAUCCUGCCGGAGGAUGAAGAAGGGCGGGGUCACUUCCACCCAUCCUCUCAUCCAGAAGAGUCCGACUCUGGACUGGACGAGCUGUCUGUUCGCUCUCAGGACACCACCCUCUUUAGCUUGGAUAACGUCUCAGAUAGUGGGGCGUCUUUACCCCCAACUCCACUGCCACUCACCCCAGUGUCGCCACCGACUCCCCAACCCACCACCCCGGUAAAUGGCCAGACCAACGGGGGUCCAACGGAAGCUGAACUGCAGUACCACUCGGGGGUCGUGGUCCAGAACGCCAUCCAGAGUGCCCUCCAAGCGAGGAAUGGAGGCCAGUGGCAGCCGUCUGCCUGGGACUGCUCACAGCUGAGCGCUCCCCUGUCGCCUUCCUCUGCCGCCGCCAGCAGCCCGGUGCCAGUCUCCUCCUCGCCUGCCUCCUCCGGUGGGGCUCCCAGUCUACAGUCACCUGUGUCUUCUAGUCCAACUCCUACCACCCCGUCCCCCCAGCCACCAAAGGAAGAAAAGUCUUCAGAGUCAUCCAGUCCAGUUCCGCUGUUGACACCGUCUCCUCCAAAUUCUCAGCCCGUUUCUCCCCAGCAAAGACCCAGAAAUGGCGGCCCCAGGAUCAAGAUCCAGUCUUCUUACGCCAGAGCGCUGGCCUCCUCCAACCCGGCUCCGGCGUCAACUCCAGCUCCUGCAGAAGUGGCUCCGGUCCCCAGACCCGCCCCGGUCUGCCGCCCCCCGUCCCCACCGAGCCCCGACAAACCCGAGUUCAGCUACUUCAGUAAAUACUCCGAGGCAGCAGAGCUGCGGAGCACCGCGUCAGCAUCUCGAGGCCCAGAGGUGGAGCCCGCCAGCGGGCCCUUCCGCCUGCGCUCCAAGAAGCAGAAAACGCUGUCCAUGAUUGAGGAGGAGAUCCGGGCGGCCCAGCAGAGAGAGGAGGAGCUAAAGAAGCAGAGGGAGGCGCAGCCCACCGUCGUCGCCCGACCAUGCAGCUCCUCCAGGAGCAGUCACGGGCCUGUGAGGACAGGAGCGAGGCAGACCACUAUCUCCCCAGCAGAUAAGAUGAAGAGCAACAGUCUGCCAGCACGACUCACUCUGACCGCCAAGACAGCUCCAGGGAAGAUCGAGAAAGUGCGUCCCGCCCCGCCGGUGUCCCCCUCCCCUUCUGAAGGAGCGCUGUCUGACGCCGGCAGCGAGGACUCGUCAGGGUCACGGCCCAAGAACUUCAUGCAGACACUCAUGGAAGACUAUGAGACACACAAGGUGAAGAGGAGGGAGAAAAUGGAGGACAACAGCUAUGCCCAUUUGUUGCUGGCUACUGAGGUAACCACAGAGGUUCUGGAGGCCACUCGAGUGACCAGGAGGAAAAGCAACAUGGCUCUGAAGUGGGAGGCUGGUAUCUAUGCCAACGAGAAAGAAGAAGAGGAAGAAGAAGAAGAGGAGGAGGAGGAGUGAGCAGCUCUCAUUGGAAGCAAACAAAGCUGAGAAGACAGGAGGACAGACAGAACUGAAUAAUAUUUAUUUCCUAAAUGCAGCAUCUUGCUGGUCACAUGACCCCCUCUGGUGUGGGCCAGUGGGAGGGGCUCAUCUUUUUAAUGAGUGAAGUGACUCAGAACGAAGGACUCAAACUCAAGGAGGUUUAAGGAAGGACGUCCAGAUUUGGGUAUGCGACGAUCUUACUAGCUGAUAGUCUCCAGGGAUUUCAUAGGAAUCUUUUUUUCUUCCUCUGCAAGUUUUCACAUUAAAAAUCAAGUUUUGGAGUUAUGGAUAUGCGAAAACAGCAUGAAAGUAAAAAAAA